AUGGCAGAGACCGACGCCGAACGCCUGGCUCGCGAGGCCGCCGAGGCCCGCCGCCGUCAAGCCGAGGCCGCACGCACUGCCGCCCUCGACAAGUAUGAGGCCGACCAUGCCGACGUCCACGCCGCCGCCAUCGCCGUCCUCAACAUCAAGGUGCUCGUCCCCAUCGUCCUAGAUCGCGUCGCCAACAACUACAACCGCUGGCGCACCCUCUUCCUCGUCGUCUUGGGCAAGUAUGCCCUCACCGAUCAUGUCCUCACCGACGUGGUCAAUGAUGAUCGACCAGCGUGGGUGCAGAUGAACUGCACCGUCCUCACAUGGAUCUACGGCACAAUCCACCUCGACCUGCAGCAGUCGACGAUGUUGAAGGAGCCGAAUGCCUGUGUCGCUUGGGUGCACCUCGAGGAUGAAUUUCUCGGACAGCGCGAGUCACGCGCCCUGCUGUUGUCCGCCGAGUUUCGUACCGUGAAGCAAGGCGCCUCCUCCAUCAUGGACUUCUACCGCCGCCUCGAGACGAUGGCUGCCUCCCUUCGUGAGUUCGGCGACCCCGUCGGCGACAAAACCCUUGUUCUCACCCUUCUGCGCGGCCUCAGCGAGAAGUUCCGCCCCAUGGUGACGAACAUCAAGCUGCAGCAGCCGUUCCCUAGCUUCUCGGAGUCAAGGACCCUGCUGCUCCUCGAGGAAAUCGACAUCAACGACUUCGCCGGCGACACCGACGCGUCAUCCAGCACCACGCCGACGCCACCGCCCCCUGCACUCCUCGCGGGCUCGAGCUCGGGCCCCGGCUCAGCGUGGCGUCCUCUCGGUGGUGCUGCUACCCAGCCUAGCCGCGCCCCCGGCGGCCCCCCUGCCAACGCCGGCCAGGGCAACGGUUCGGCGGGCAACCAGGGCGGUGGGCGCUCCGGACGUCGUCGCGGGAAGAACGGCAAGCAGCAGCAGCAUGGCCAGCCACAACAGCAACACCAUGUCCAACGUCCGCCGAUGUACACACCCUGGGCAGGGAUGGCACCCUACUGGGCACCGCCGCUGGCCCGUUCUACCGGCCGCCUGCAACAUCCUAUAUGGCAACGCAGCAGGCGCCCUCCGGCUUCCAGGCGCCUCCCGGCUUCAGCGCUCCACCCGGCUACGGCUACGGUGCUCCCAGCUACCACAUCGCCCCGCAGCCGCAGCAGCAGGCAUGGACACCGAUGCAUGGAGGCAGCUUCGACACGUCCUCGCUCGCCAGCAACUUCAGCACCAUGA